AUGGCAGAGACGACGCCCCUAGUCGCAGCUACGGUGUAUGAGGAGUCAAGUGGGCAUGUCAACGGUACUGAUAACAGUUCCUUCAGUGGCGGAACUACCGCUUGCAAUAUUGACUACCAAGCAUUGCUUUACAGCAGAGGCAUUCUCAUCGCUAUUGCCUUACUCGGGAACCUUUCUUUCGUUAUCAUGGUGGCUAGAGUGCGCUCAAUGCGUACCAUUCCAAAUUUUCAUUUCAUCAACCUGGCAGCGGCAGAUACCUUGAUGAUUUUCACCGAGAUUAUCUACUUGUCCGCGAAUGGACUGACUAUAAACGGGACGAUCUCCAUGGCCGACGCUAAAGUGGUGCAGUUUUGGGAUAUUUUUUCUAAAAUGUGGAUUUUCAUCACCCCGACUUUCGUUUGCACGGCCCUGCUGACGAUCACUUUGAUAAGCGUGGAAAGGUACAUCGCUGUAUGUCACCCUUUUAAGGCAAAUCGGCUGAAUUUACAGAGUAAAAAACGCGUAAUUGUGUUGCUGAUAUCAACGUGGAUUAUAGGUCUAUUAAUGGGUGUAUUCGCCCUGUUAACUCAUAAUUACAGCGACAGUAGCACGACGCUACAGGCCUGGUUCAGUGUGUUCACCUGUUUCACGGUACUGCCUGUGUGCAUUGUAGUAAUCUGCUACGCCUUUGUGAUCGCGGCUGUCUUCAAAAUGAAUCAGCAUAUGACACCUAAAAACAGCAAAAUCUCUAAAGCCACGACCGAGGAACGAAGCGUGUUGAUGCUCUGCGUGGCCAUCACGAUGCUGUUCUUUUUGUGCUUUGCCCCCGUUGCCGCGAACCAGUUACUUUCCACAUAUACGUUGAUGUCAAACACUUCAUCCAUAGAGCCGCGGACAAUUUCAUGCCUUCAUGCGCUUCAGACAAUUCUACUCCUGGUUCACUUAGCACUGAGUCCCAUACUUUAUAGCGUAGGGAGCCAGAAUAGAAGAAGGGCGUUCAUUCGCGCAUUCUGGAGCCGAUGUUUUGUCUGCGGGAAUCAAGACCAAAACAGCGUGGAAAACGGAACGUUUUUUCGCCUACGUCCAAUGCGAGGAAGUUUUAACAGCAACAUGAGAACAACUCGAGUGUCCGAAGUAACGCUGUAA